AUGUCUCACUUAACAGCCUUACUAAGAAAGAACUACAUAUUGUGGAAGAGGAAUUGUUGUUGUUCUGUUUGUGAAAUUUUGCUCCCUUUGUUUUUCAUUGGGUUAUUGAUAACAAUUAGGUAACAAUUUAUUUUGAAGACUAGAGCUUAAGUUGAAAUAGAUGAUAUUUCUGAAACAUCUUACCUAAAAGUCACCAAAGACUCAGAUCUGCCUAGGAUUUUAGCCCCAAACUUGAAUAACUUUCCAUAGAAUCCAAAUCAAGACAGUGAAGAAUUGUUGAAAUCACUGCCUUAAUUAAAGUAAAGACAUGAUUAUAUGUUAGGAACUGCAUAGACAAUACAAACUAUAAAGGAGCCUCCUACCGAAAUGGAUUGAUAGGCAUAGGUCCAGAAGAGAAUAGUUUGGCCUAAAAAUUAUCAACUUACUUCGUUGAUUAUUAUGGGUACCAAGUUAAGUGGUUCAAUACUAAUGAUGAAAUUGACGACUAUGUGAGAUCGGAAGGAUACAAUAAGUUAGAAGAGACAAAAGGACUCUGCUUGGCAAUAAUGUUUGAAACAAAUGACAUAAAUCUUAAGAAUUUUAGUUACUCCUUAAGAUUCAACACUUCAGAUUCAACAGAUUACAUAGAAUACCCAUUGAAUAGAAAGGACAAGAUUAACUCAUUUAAAUAGUAAUUAUCUUUUUUAUAUAUUUUAGUGAGGACCAAGAAAUUACUUACUUAUUUUAUGAAAAUGGAUUCUUAACUAUUUAAAAUUGGAUUGAUAAUUUAAUUAUUCAACAAUAUGAUACAUCUGCAACAAUAGAGCCUACACUCAGUCAUGUUAGAUCAAGAGAUCACAUUGAAGAUAAGUUCCCAGAUUUUGUAAACGAAGCCUAUGGAAUCUAUCUGGCACUACCUUUGAUGAUUGUGUUUUUAAGAAUGACACAUGGAAUUAUUUAUGAGAAAGAGAAGAAGUUGAGAGAAGGCAUGAAGAUAAUGGGAUUAAGCAACACUCAAUUUUACUUGUCCUGGAUAAUUCAGUACUUGUUAAUCUAUGGAAUUAUAGCAGCCUUGGCAACAGUUAUUCUAAGUAAGUCCUUAAAUAUAUUAUCUUAGAAAGCAUGAUAUUCCCAGAGUCUAAUUGGGGAUUUGUAUUCCUAAAUUACUAUCUGUUUUGCGUGGUUCUGAUAGUGCAAUCGCUCUUUUUAUCAGUGUUUUUCUCAUAAGCCUUAACAGGACUCAUAGUUUCAAUUGUUUGGUAUUUACUAAUGUUUUUAAUGCUGAACUUGGUACCUGCUAAUGCUAUUCCAAGUAGAAGUCAGUAUUGGGGAGUGUCAUUUUCAAGUCAAGCUUCAUUAGCAUUUUCAACUGGCGUGAUCACUCUUAUGGAAUCACAAGGCAAUGGAUUUAAUGAGUCCAAUUUGACAACUACCAUUAACAAUUACAGUAUUUCCAUAGCUUGGACUUGGCACAUCAUCAACAUUAUAGUCUAUUUUAUUUUAGCCGUAUAUUUAGACUAAGUAUUUCCAAAUGAAUGGGGUGUUAAGAAACAUCCAUUGUUCUUCAUUAGUUGGAUCUGGGAAAAUAACAGAACGGAUAGAGUAAGUCAUAAAUCAAUGUCAAUUGAAAGAAUGAAUACUCAUGAUGAUAAAUUUGAGGAGGUAGAAUAGGCUUUGAAAGAAUAAGAAUAAAAAAAUGAGGCCCUUAUUAUCAAAGGAUUGUAUAGAACAUAUCCCAAUGGAAAAUAGGCAGUUAGUAACCUCAAUUUAUCCAUGUAUUAAGGAUAGAUCUUUGCACUAUUAGGACAUAAUGGAGCUGGUAAGACUUCUACAAUUUCAAUGCUGACAGGAUUACUGGAAAUUACAAAAGGAGAUGUAGUUGGAUAUGGUUUGGAUGUCAAAACUUAAUUAUCAGAGCUAAGAAAGAUAAUGGGUGUUUGUCCUUAACAUGAUAUUUUAUUUGAUAAUCUGACUGUAAAAGAACAUUUAGAAUUGUUUGCUUAAUUCAAAGGAAUGAAAUCUAGUGAGAUUUAAGAUUAAAUAACUAAAAUAAUAGCUGAUGUUGACUUGACUGAUAAAACAGAUUAUCUCAGUAAGAAUCUAUCAGGUGGUUAAAAAAGAAGAUUGUCAGUUGCUAUUGCAUUUAUUGGAAAUUCAAAAUUAGUCUAUCUAGAUGAGCCUACCUCAGGAAUGGAUACAAGUGCAAGAAGAUACAUUUGGGAAAUGUUAAAGAAUUACAAAGACAAUAGAAUCAUAGUUUUAACAACCCAUUUUAUGGAUGAAGCUGAUUUCUUGGGAGAUAGAAUUGGAAUUAUGGGUGAAGGUAAAUUAUUGUGUUCUGGAAGCAGUGUAUUUUUAAAGAAUAGAUUUGGAGUUGGAUACAAUUUGACUUUAGUUAAGGACAGUACAUCAAUUGAUUCUUAACCAAUCAUAGACAAUGUUAUUAAAUAUGUUAGUUCAGCUACUGUUCUAUCUAAUGUUUCUGCUGAAGUAGUAAUGCAAUUGCCUAUUGAUGCAGUUGACAAAUUCCCAAACUUGUUUGAAUUCCUAGAUGGUAACUUGAAAUCAUUACACAUUGCCACUUAUGGAAUCAGCAUUACUACUUUGGAAGAAGUCUUCUUAAAAGUGGCUAAAAUUGGAGCUGGUCAUGAAUAAGUAGAGGAUGUACAAAAUAAAGAGAAGAAAGAUCAGAUUAAUUAGAAUGUAGAUUUAAAUAUUCAAAGAAUUGAAGGGUUCUGUUCCACUUUCUUUUUACAUUUGUUUGCAUUGAUGGAAAAAAGAUUCAGAAUUUUCAAAAGAGAUAUUAGAGGAUUGGUUUGUGAAAUUUUCGUGCCUAUUUUAGUGGUUAUUUCUGGAUUGGCUAUAAUGACUGUGAAAUGGAUCAAAGACGACGAUUUAGCUAUCAUUACACCAGGAGGUCUUUAUGGUGAUUUGAAAUUAUAAACGUUUUGGGGAGGAGAUUAAGCAGGACAAGAGUUAAUGCAAUAUUUUUCAAAUAACGAUUGGACCAUUUCACAAUUAUCCACAAAUUUAGAAUAAGCAGAUAAGGAAUAUUUUGAUUAAUUUGAAUUAAGGGAAAGUCCAGGCUGGUAUUUCUUUAAUUAAAUUAUUGGAUCCACUUAUUCCUAUUGGUUUUUACAGAAUUCAGUGUUUGUUCAAAGCUCUCCACUACUUUUAAAUCAAAUGAACUAGGCAAUCCUAAGGAAAGUCACAAAUACUGCUUCAGCUACUCUUCAACUAUCAUUUUAUCCAUUCCCCUAAACUCAUAAUGAAAAGAGUAUUGAUUAAUCAGUAGCUGGAUAUCUAUCAGCCUUUAUAUUUUCGAUUGGUUUUGCAUUCAUACCUGCCUCUAUUAUUUCAUUCAUAGUAAAAGAAAGGGAAAUAAAUAUUAAGCAUCAACAACUCGUUUCAGGUGUAUCAGUUCUAGCUUAUUGGGCAAGUAAUUGGAUAAUAGAUAUUGUCAAGCAUUUAAUACCUGCAAUCAUAAGUGCUUUAAUGGUGUUAGCAUUUGAUAUAGAUGCAUUAAUUUUGGAUGGUAAUUACGGAGCAGUAUUUCUAUUCUUCAUACUAUAUGGAUGGGCCAUCAUACCAUUUAGUUAUGCAUUGAGCUUCUUUUUCAAAGUGCCAGGAAAUUCAUUGUUAUCAUCAUUCUUCAUUCACCUUGUGUUUGGAUCAAUCAUCAGUAUUGUCAUUUAUGUGUUCUUCCUAAUUGAAACUACUAGAGAUGCUGCUUCCUAUAUGGUAUGGAUAUUUAGACCACUUCCGUCAUUCUCCUUUGCAUUGGGAUUGCUGAGGACAAGCAUGAAGCAAUUCUUUGAAUUGAUAUUUUAGAACUCUAUUACUCCACCUAAUACUUUUGCAAUGAGAGUAGCAGGGGAAGAUUUAAUUGUACUUGCAAUAAGUGGAGUUGGAUAUAUGAUAAUAGUCUUCAUUUUGGAAUUCUUCGAGGACAAUGGUUCAUUAUAAAAGUUAGGGUCAAAUGAAGCAUCCAUUCCCUAUAAACCUAAAGUAUUGGAUGAUGAUGUGGAGAGAGAACAAUAACUCUGUUAAAAUUAUAAACCAUAUGACCAAGCCAUUUUGGUUAAGAAUUUGAGAAAGGUGUUUAUGUUAGAAAAGAAAUAACAUAAGGUUGCAGUUGACAAUAUUUCAUUCUCAGUUGGCAAUGGAGAAGUCUUUAGUUUAUUGGGUGUCAAUGGAGCUGGUAAAACAACUACCUUCAAAAUAUUAUCUGGAGAAUUGAAACCCACUUCUGGAGUUGCCUAUGUUUCUGGACAUAGUGUUAUUGAUCAAAUUUAAGAUGCCAGGAAAAACAUUGGAUAUUGUCCAUAAUUUGAUGCUUUAUUAGAAAAUCUUACAGUGAGAGAACAUUUGGAAUUGUUUGCUAAAAUUAAGGGAAUUUCUCAUUUUCAUCUUGCUGAGUUGGUAGAAAAAAAGAUGGUUGAAAUGGAUCUUAAGAGGUUUGAAUCUGUAGAAGCAGGUUAAUUAUCAGGUGGUAACAAAAGAAAGUUAUCAGUUGCCAUUGCUAUGAUAGGUAAUCCUCCUAUAGUAUUUCUUGAUGAACCGUCUACUGGUAUGGAUCCAGAAGCCAGAAGAUUCAUGUGGAAUGUUAUUUCAAGAAUUUCCACUUAAAGAAAACAAAGUUCAAUCAUUUUAACUACCCAUUCAAUGGAAGAAGCUGAGGCAUUGUCCACCAAAAUUGCCAUUCAAGUAGAUGGUAAUUUGAGAUGCUUUGGAUCUGUCUAGCAUGUUAAGAAUAAGUAUGGCCAAGGAUAUGAAGUUGAAAUCAAAUUAUAGAAACCACAUGCCAAUCUACUUGAUGCAGUUAUUAAUUAGAUGGGAUUAAGCAAAGGUAUCAAACUGAAUCAAUCAGCCACUCUCAGUGCACUAUAAAAGAUUAAUUAGACUCAAUUAAUGAAUUUUAUACAACCAAAGGAGUCAGGAUCACACUUGUACAAUGAUUUAAAUAGACAUGGAAUAAGUGUGGAAACAUUAGCAGAGUAUGUACUUGUCGAAUCAAAUGGAAGAGAAUUACUAAAUUUUAUUUAGUAGCAACUUGGACAAUUCUAAGUUAUUGAGCAUUUCUAAACAUUUUUUAGGAUUAGAUUGCUUUCUAAUAUUACAGCGGGGAGGUUAUUCUCAGCUUUUGAAAAGAAUAAAUAACAAUUGACAAUUUCCCAGUAUUCUAUUAAGCAAGCUUCUAUUGAAUAGAUAUUUAACAUUUUUGCAAAGCAAGAUUUGCAAUAAAAGGAUCAAGAGGUUCACAUUCAAGUUUCAUCAUGA